CGCGAACACGAGUGUAGAUCCGAUUCACAUAUUCUUCGCGGCUUCGCGACUCGUUCGCGCUGUGUUCCCCGAAAAUUGUCGGUUUUUUGUCCCGCGACAAAGGGCUCGCAGGCGCGAUACGCGACGCGAACACGACAAGACUCUACAUUCGCGGGCAGCUCAGUCGCUCAGUAGCAAUUGACACGGACGGUUGUGUUUUAAUUUUUUAAUAAAGACUACGAUUUUGCGUGCAAAAUGAGUAUCGUCUGGAGCAAUGAAUUAGAACUAUCGUUUAUAGAAUGUCUUCGUGCUGAGCCGGUAUUGUGGGACAUUAAUUUGAAAGACUAUAAAAACAAAUUGAAAAGCCACGAUGCUUGGAUAAGUACGGUGAUGGAAAUACCAAUUGCUGAUUUAAAAAAGAAAAAAGAUUCUCUUAUGUCAAGCUAUAGGAGCUACAAGGGAAAAGUUAAGAAGUCCGUUCAAUCGGGAGCUGGUGCCGAUGAGAUAUAUCAGCCUAUUUGGUUCGCUUACGAAGCAAUGGAUGCUUUUUUGGGAGAUAAUCUAAAAUGUAAAAAAACGUAUGAAUACGCCAUUCUUCUGGACAAGAUGGAACGUGGGGUGCAGGAGCCUAAAGAAGUAAAUCUCGAAGCUAUUGAAGAGAAUGUUGAAGAAAUGAAUGAAAAUCGAUGUCAGUCUAUUAACACCCAAAAAGACAGCGACCAGACAAUCCGCCAACGCAAAAUCUCUUCAGAACUGGUUGACGCAGGAAAUGUCGUUAAAGACGCUCUUGCCACCUUCAAAUCCUCGCUAAAAAGGAACCCAUUACAGCCUAUCCAGCAAGACGAUGAUUGCGAUUUAUACGGAAAACUAUUAGCAAAUAAGUUGCGAAAAUUAUCUGAAAAGAAUAGAUUGAAGUUGAUGCACGACAUUGACGGCAUGUAUUUACGAUACCAAUUUGAUGACCCUUUAGUGAUGACUCCAUCGCCACCUAAUUUUAAUGAACCAAGACCGGGAACAUCAUCAUCUACGCAUUCAGAGCCUCCAUUUCAUUAUGGGCAGGCGAAUCAAAAUACUUAUUACCAAAAUAAACAAGUAUUAUCAGCCCCACCUUCUAAUAUCAUUAUCCAAUCCAACCGGCUACUUCGUACACCAGAUAACGAGUAUCCUGUCCUUCAUAUACCAGGGAACCAAGAUGCAAACACAUUUGAUCAUAAGAAUGAUUUAGUUCAGACAGCUUUUGACUUAAGUUAAAUACCUACUGAAAUUACCGAAUUUUGUUUUGAUUGCCUAUUGAAUUUUGUAAUUACAUUUGGUUGAUUUUACAAAAUUAUAUUCUAGAUUUUAAGUUUAGUUCCAAAUAAGCAUAUUAAAUUUAUAAAA